AAAGAAAGAAAAGCGGAAAGACGUGUACACUGCCUCCCCCUGACCCUGUCGUGUUCUUGCUGCAGGUGCUGACGGACCCCCCGCUCAUGUUCUGCGACGAGCCGACGUCCGGCCUCGACUCGUUCAUGGCGCAGAACGUGGUGUCGGUGCUGGCGGGCAUGGCCCGCAAGGGCAAGACGGUGGUGUGCACCAUCCACCAGCCUUCCUCCGAGGUCUUCUCGCUGUUCGACAAGGUUCUGCUCAUGGCCGAGGGCCGAGUCGCCUUCCUGGGAGCGCCGGACCACGCGUGCAGGUUCUUUAGCCAGUUGGGCGCGGGCUGCCCCAGCAACUACAACCCCGCCGACUUCUUCGUGCAGCUGCUGGCCGUGGUGCCCAGCCGCGAGGAGUCUUGCCGGCAGACCAUAGAGAUGGUGUGCGACGCCUUCCAGCGCUCCGAGUACGGCCUCAAGGUGCAGCACGACGCGGACGCGGGCAACGAGCUCAUGGCGAAGCCCCCUCACUCGUGGGAAGAGGAGUUGUUCCUCGUGGACACCUCCCCGUACAAGGCGUCCUGGUGGGCGCAGUUCCGGGCCGUCCUCUGGCGGUCCUCCCUCUCUGUGUUCAAGGAGCCCCAGCUCAUCAAAGUCCGCAUGUUGCAGACAGUCAUGGUCGCGCUCAUGAUCGUGCUCAUCUACUACGGCCAGACGCUGGACCAGGACGGAGUGAUGAACAUCAACGGGGUGAUCUUCAUCUGCCUCACAAACAUGACGUUUCAAAACGUAUUCGCCGUCAUAAAUGUGUUUUGCGCCGAGCUGCCUAUAUUUAUGCGCGAACAUGCGAACGGCAUGUACCGCGUUGACGUCUACUUCCUGUGCAAGACGCUGGCCGAGACCCCAGUGUUCCUGGUGCUACCGCUGCUCUUCAUCUCGCUACCCUACUACCUCAUAGGGCUGAACCCCGAGCCCACCCGCUUCUUCUUGGCGUGCCUCAUCAUCGUGCUCGUGGCAAACGUCGCGACCAGCUUCGGGUACUUGAUCUCGUGCAUUUCUAGCAGCGUGUCUAUGGCGCUGUCCAUAGGCCCGCCUAUCGUCAUUCCCUUCAUGUUGUUCGGAGGCUUCUUCCUUAACAACGACUCGGUGCCCAGCUAUUUCAAGUGGCUCUCGUACUUGUCGUGGUUCAAGUACGGAGACGAGGCCCUGCUCAUCAACCAGUGGCAGGGCGUGGACGAGAUCGCUUGCACGCGCUCCAACGCCACCUGUCCGCGCACCGGACACGUGGUGCUAGAGACGCUUUCCUUUCACGAGGAAGAUUUCUGGUUGGAUAUCGUCAAUCUCGGCGCAUUGAUCAUCGCCUUUAGAUUUUUUGCCUUUUUGUCGCUUUUAUCACGGACAAUGCGGUCGUAGGAUAGGCGAAUUUCAAAUGUUUGAUGUGAUUUGUCAGUCACCCGUGAUCCUCCCUAAAGAUAGCAAAAAAAAUAAUUAUAUAUAUGCCAGUAUAUUUCUCCUUUACUUGUUUUUAGUGAUAGGGAAAUAAGUGUCAAUUUGCUGGUUAAAGACUGUGAUUAUUAAAGGAUCAUUAAUUGGCUGUGGUCCAGUCAAGAAAAAAGCAUUUAAGUGAAAGAUGUAAGAACUUGUAAAUCAUGUGCCAUUUUUAAAAAAUAUUGUACCAAGAAUCACAUACUUCCUGUUGAAAGCGGGGCAACAAUUUUUCUCAGAUGUGUUAUUGUAAAUUAUUACAGUAUGGUUUAAAGUGAGGUAUACCCGUUUCUUUGACUGAAUCUCUUGACCUACAGCAAUCCCAGAGUGGAAUUCAGAAGCUCUAACUCACUUAAAUUUCCCAGCCCAUGUGUGGUUUACUGGUCUGGUUUUAGCCUACAAACCAGACAAUUUAUAAUGAAAAUGCAAAGGCUUAUCAAAGGUAAAUUAUUAAAGAUAAGUGGAAAUACAAUUUUAUGGAACCUAAUAUAUUUUCAGUCACAGACAAUCAUGUAUAAAUUUAUUGUUGAUAAGGCUAGCAGAUUAACAUUUGUCCUGAUACAUUUUGUCAGUGUUUCAGAGUGCGCAAACAAAAAAAAUAGUUCUGGACUAGGUACAAAUUGAACUUUAUGAGAGCCACUUCACGAUUGAUGGUGCAAACAUGUCAUUUAGAAAAAAUAAAAACUCAGAUUUAUCUCUA